CGAAGCAGACUGAGCAUGCGCAGUCGCCAUUGUUCACACUAUAACGUUAGAUUAGCCGAGUACCGUCAAUCUCUCCUCAAACGAGAAUCUGUUUAUUAAGGAACACACCGUUUGUGAUUUUAAGUCAAAGUUACGUCAAACUAGUGAUAACUGCUCGCGUGUGAGUGAUUAAGUGAAGAUAAUGACGGAUCAGAGGAGUGGAUAUCAGCAGUUGAAUACAGAGGAGUCGUCGUCUGUGGAGGUGUUUGAAGAAGCCUCUGACGCACCUCCUCCGUACAGCAGCAUCACAGCGAGUGACGCAGCUUUCUUUGAGUAUAAGGAGGACGAGGUUUACCCCAAACCUCCGUCGUACAAUGUUGCCACGUCACUGCCGUCAUACGACGAGGCCGAGAGGAGCAAAGCGGAGGCCAGCGUUCCUCUCGUCACUGACAGGGAUGAGGACUUCAUUGCCAGAGACAGCUUCGAAGAUACGGAUCAACUGCGAGUUGGGAACGAUGGGAUAUUCAUGCUUACGUUUUUCAUGGCGUUCCUCUUUAACUGGAUUGGCUUCUUCCUGUCCUUCUGUCUGACCACGUCUGCGGCGGGACGCUAUGGAGCCAUCUCUGGGUUUGGACUGUCUCUGGUCAAGUGGGUCCUGAUUGUCCAGGUUUUCUACCUACUUCCCUGGAUAUUUUGAUGGCCAGUACUGGCUGUGGUGGGUUUUCCUG